CCAAACAGAGCAGCGCCGGAGGGGAGGAAGCAGAAUCGAGAAGGGGCAAUGGCGGAAUCCAACUCGUACGAGGAGCAGCGCCGGAGGCAGAUUGAGGAGAACCGCCGGAAGCUGGAGGAGCUCCGCCUGCACCAUCUUUCCGCCGCCGUCCGUGAGGCCGCCGCCAGGCCCAAGCCCAACCCCAAGCCCAGGCCAAAGCGCAAGGCCCCGGGGCCCGGCGAGCUCCGGCGGUCCGGCCGCGUGGCCGGCCUCCCGGAGCAGCCCAACUACCUCAAGGGCGCACAGCAGCGCGACUACCAGGGAAUGUACGACGAUGUUAUUCGGAAAGGACCGACCGACGCUGACGAACAGAUGGCCGCCGCCGCCGCCGCCAAACAAAAGGCGGAGGAGCUCAAGCAACGGAUUCACGGCAUCCGCUGGCCCGCCUUCGUCAAGCCCGUGACCCACGACUGCGCCAGCAGGGCAGCCGUAAUGACAAUCCCGAAGCACUUCAUCGAGCAUCUCCCGGCGCAUGAUGAGGCGGUCGUCUUGGUGGACGAGGCGGAUGACGAGUUCCACAUGAUGUACAAUGCCAGGCACCACUUCCUCGGGAAGGGGUGGAGAGGGUUCGCCGCCCACCAUGACCUCGUCGACGGCGAUUGCUUGGUUUUCCAACUGACAGAGAGGACAAAGUUCAAGGAGGUGCACGACCGCGUGCACGACCGACACGUCCCCACGUGGAAUGGGGACGGCCGGGUGGGUCUGUCAAGUCAAAUCGGCACCCGCGGCUUCUCGGUAACUCCAAGAGGCAGGAGCAGUGCAUUUCUUCCCCAAAUCGGGUAG